GGCGCUGCCCUCCCAUCCUGGGGCUUGGGGCCGGCCCGCCUGCUCCGAGCCGGGAAGCUCUUUUCACUCGGAGGGGUUUUGUCGCUCGCGGCGUGCCGAGGGGAGGCACCGUCCCUAAGGCACCCAAGCCUCACCCUGCGGGGGAAGGGAGUUGGGUGGGGGCAAGCCAGGAAGGGAGGAUCUCCGCGGCUCUCCUAAAAUCAAUCAGCAGGCUGCAAGGAGGAAGAGUUUGGCACUUCGCAGGCGAGACUGGGCUUGUUUUCCCCAGCGGGGAUGCCGCUGAACUGAGAGCGGCCGCGCAAGUUGGGGGGACGGAGCCCUCCCCAUCCGCCGCCCCCCAACCCCGCUCCAGCCCCCGCCACCCCUCAAUGAGAGCUCCUGCGAGGGAAGGGCGACUCGGUGCCUGUUAGGGCUGCUUCCCGCCGCCUGCCGGACUUCCACCCUCCGACGAGGAGCGGCGCGCACCCCGCACCCCGGAGAGUUGUCUCGGCAGCUUCGUGCUAUGGCGAGGCUGCGGAGAAGCAAACUAGCCGCUGGAUUUCUAUUACUUUUCCAGUUCCUGAGCGAACGCUACCAGCUCGCCGGCGGAGAGACGCCGAGUCAGAGCCACGGUGUGCUUUAUCAAGUUGUUCAGAGCUUCCCUGGAGUGGAGAAAAACGUGCAAGUGGAUGCAUAUGUAAAUAGCCACAGGUGGAGAAGGCACUCAGAGUCUCUUAAAUCAGUCAGCACUAACAGAGCUAGUAUGGGGCAGGAUUCUUCUGAACCAGGUGGUUUCACAGAUCUGCUGCUAGAAGAGGGACAUGAGAAUGCCACUCAGAUCGAGGAGGAUACAGAUCAUAAUUAUUAUACUUCAAGGACAUAUGGCCCAUAUGAUUCCACCAGCCGGGAUUUAUGGGUCAAUAUAGACCAAAUGGAGAAAGACAAAGUAAAGAUUCAUGGGAUCCUCUCCAAUACCCAUCGACAAGCAGCAAGAGUGAAUCUGUCCUUUGAUUUUCCAUUUUAUGGCCAUUUUCUACGUGAGAUUACAGUAGCAACUGGGGGUUUCAUAUAUACUGGAGAAGUUGUGCAUCGAAUGCUAACAGCUACACAAUACAUUGCACCCUUAAUGGCAAAUUUUGAUCCCAGUGUAUCAAGAAAUUCAACAGUCAGAUACUUUGAUAAUGGCACAGCACUAGUUGUCCAGUGGGACCAUGUUCAUCUGCAGGAUAAUUACAACCUGGGCAGUUUCACUUUUCAGGCCACCCUUCUCAAUGAUGGGCGUAUCAUUUUCGGCUACAAAGAAAUUCCUGUUGCUGUGUCACAGAUAAGCUCAACGAACCACCCAGUGAAAGUUGGACUAUCAGAUGCAUUUGUGGUCGUGCACAGGAUCCAACAAAUUCCCAAUGUUCGCAGAAGAACAAUUUACGAAUACCACAGGGUGGAGCUUCAGAUGUCAAAGAUUACAAAUCUGUCAGCUGUUGAAAUGAUACCUCUUCCAACUUGUCUCCAGUUUAACAGCUGUGGUCCCUGUGUCACUGCCCAGAUUGGUUUCAACUGCAGCUGGUGCAGCAAACUCCAAAGGUGCUCCAGCGGAUUCGACCGUCACCGGCAAGACUGGGUAGACAGUGGCUGCCCUGAAGAGUCAAAAGAUAAGAUCUGUGAUAAGGAUAUAGACACAACUGAAGCACCGCUGUACUCUACAACCACUCUUCAACCGACCACCACAAAGUUCCGAGUUUUGACAACCACCAGAGGAUUCACCAGCUCCCAACUGCCAACCAGCCUACCCACAGAAGAUGAUACCAAGAUUGCGCUGCACCUAAAAGAUAAUGGAGCUUCCACAGAUGACAGCGCUGCAGAGAAAAAAGGUGGAACACUUCAUGCUGGUUUAAUCAUCGGCAUUUUAGUCCUGGUCCUCAUUGUGGCUGCAGCCAUCCUCGUGACUGUCUAUAUGUACCAACAUCCAACAUCAGCAGCCAGUCUCUUCUUCAUAGAGCGGCGUCCGAGCAGAUGGCCAGCAAUGAAAUUCAGAAGAGGAUCUGGACAUCCUGCAUAUGCUGAAGUGGAACCAGUCGGAGAAAAAGAAGGCUUCAUCGUAUCAGAGCAGUGCUAAAAUUUUUAAGACAGAACACCAGUACUGGCCUACAGGUGUAAGACAUUUACUUUGCAUCUCUAUAAAGAAAAGGAGCCCUAAGCUGCUGAUAGUAAGAAGAUUUUGGAUAAGCUUUGUUCAGGAAGAAAAACUAUCUAAGAUACCAGAUUACCAUUGCACAGUAGCCUUUGUUAGUGGACUGAGACACAGUGGUUCAUGCAGAACACUUGUCAGUGGACACUUAUGGUAUCAGAACUAUGGCACAAGUGCCACAUUAUUGGCUUUAGUAUGGUGGUGCACAGUAAUCAAAAAUAUAAUAAAGCUUUGGUGCACAAGGGGAUUACCCUGUCGUUCAAGUGUUCUUCUCUGGUAUGUCAAAGACUGAGUGACAAAUCUGUACACUUUCAGUGCAAAGAACACUGAUCAGUGUUUACAGGUGAUCGAGAAAAUUAACUCAGUGCAAGUGAAAAAGAAAAAUAAAAGGAUUUUCCAAUAUUUCUACAAACAGAUGUGGAAGUACACUCACUUUUCAAUGCUAAAAUAGCCUACCCACCUGAGUAAGUAAACCACAAUAUAUAUGCUUUCCAGGAGUAGUACAAUGUUUCUUGUACAUUGCUGAUCAAUAUCCUUUCAAACAAUUCAUGAUAUACAAACUGAUAAGAAAUGAAGGCAACAGAGAAUUUUACAGUGGUGAAAUUGUUAUUUCAUGGGAGUUCACAAUGAAAUUGGGCUGAUUUUCAGUUUCAAUGUUCAUUAAAAAUUAAUUACCAGGUUCUUUUCAAGAUAAAUCUUUCAUUUCUGAGUGGUAGACUAAAGUCAAGGCAAUAGAUCUUUUUUAUCCAACAGAAACGUUAUAGAACAUUUCUUAGACAACAAAAUAAAAUAAAAUAAAUCUGAAGAUAUUAAACAAAUGGGUUUCUAUUCUUUGCCAUUUCAAAAUCUUUCCUAAGAAGCACCACAGACUUCAGUGCAUCCUUCCCAGAGAUUCAGAUAAAAGUGUUAUUAAACCCUGCUGAUUCAUAGUGAUUUUGUUUAAUGCACAUAGUAGUUGCAUAAAUAUAUAUAUAAAUAUAUUUUUUUUUAAUAGCUAACACAAGGCAGGCUCUUGUGACUGUUAAGACUGCAUUUUUGUCAUUCAGACAAAGGAAACGGAUUGCAUUACUGCAUAUUUCCACUGAGUUGUAACAUAAUCCUUAAUGUUAGAAUAUUUUUAUGUUGUGUGGGGAAAGUGGUUCAUGUAGUCACAAUACCAUAACCUUUCAGCCUAUUGAAACCGCUCUUUCUUUAAUGUCGACCCUUUCCUUCCGUGUAUAGGGAAAGACAACACAAUAAAUUCCCAACAUCAAAACCAGCUACUACUUUCAUGAAAGGGAUUAGUAUAUAACGAGACCCAGAUCUUCCUUGCAGUAUAGGAAUCUAAAUGCUUUGAUAAUCUGGGCCUGAGGUAUUAAAAUAUUAAAUUCAGGUAUUAUACAUACAUUUCAUUGUAGUCAUUGACUAUCAAAUUUUUAAAUAGUGCAUAAACAGAGAUACUUGAUGCAUUUUAAAGCAACAUAUACAAGAUUAGCAGUUUUGAAUCUCAAGUAGCUAAAAAAAGUGGUUGAUACUACCUUAUUAGUACAUUUACAUUUUCUGUUGAUGCUUGUAUGGUAUAAAUUUGAUUACUUGAUGCUAUUCGGUAAAUAAUACUAUUUUUUUCUGUAUUCUUAUAUUUUGCAUAACACAUUUUUUUCAUCUGUUUUACAUCAUCUAGCAUGAGACUGAAACUGUUCAAAACCUAACUGGUAUUAAUCUGAAGGUACUAACAAACAUUCUCUUGAAGCUUGGUGAAAAAUCCACAGCAAGUAUUCUUUUCCAUUUGUAUGGGCUUCUGGUAGGCCAGAUUAAAUUGUAGGCUGAUAAUUCUGAUAGCAAUAACCAAAUGUAUGCACAUACACAUUUAUUUGGUGGCACUCAUUAAAGAUAUCACUGCACAUCAUUUAGACACUUAGUUGAUGUGCAAUAUUUGCCGUCAGUUUAUUUUAGGGAUCUUGAAAUUCAUCAGCUACGAUUGAUUGGCCAAAUAAAGCAAUUGUAGAGCUUCCUUUUGAAGCAUAUUGGCAUCCUGUUUGAAAUCAUUCUUAUUUCAGAGCACAUCCUGGGAAAUUAUACUGAAAAGUUUUACAAAAAUCUACAAAGUAAUGCAAUAAGUUCAGGAGAUAUUUCAUACAAAUAAAGAAUGUUUAUUUUAUUAUGAGUUUACAGGCUUGCACUUUGAUUCACUCUUAGUUUUCUUGUUUUAUCCAUGUAUGUAGUUCAUGUCAUGCAAUAGAGCUUAACGAAUAUUUCUAACAUUGUUUAACAAGCACGACAAAUUUCAGUAUUUGAUUACUUUUGUUCUAAGGCUCUCUUGCACAGGUAGAGGAGGUUUAUUAAUAUUUGCAAACUAACUUAAAUUUCAUAGUCCUUAUUAAAAUAACAGCAAUUAUUUUUCAUUCUUUGUUUACCUCCAAUAAUUUGGUGGCAGAUUUCACAGAUAUGUGGGGAGAUCCAGUGUACUUCUUUUGAUUUUUGCCAUGAUGUUAUAUGCUAUGGAUUAUAACAUAAUGAGUUGUUGGGUUUAUUUAAUAAGAUUGAUGGGCCAUGUGCUUAUAUCUGAUAAGAACUGAUAUCUGAAGAGGAAAACUCCUGCAUACUAAUGGAAUGUAUAGUGUCUCAUCAGUGUCUGCUUUGAUAUAUUCUGUGGUAUGUUCUAUUUAUCCCGGUAGGCAAAAGUUGAUUAAGUAACCUGUUGCUGUUUUGUAAUUCCAUCUGGUUUUCUAAUUUUUUAAUAAUUAAAAAUUGCCACAUUAAAAGUAUAAAUAUAAAUCUUUA